GCCUCGCCCGGUGCACGCCCUCGCCGCCUCUCCCGCCGCAGCCCACGCCUACACCUGCUCCUUCGCCAGGCGCGACGGGCUUAUCUCUUCCUUACACGCCGCGCCCGCAGUUCUGGCCUGUCUCUCGCGCCCUCCCGAGUCGAAGCGCACGUCGCGGAGCUGCAACAUCGUCGUAAGGAGUGACUUUUGUUUGACAGUGUUGGCACCCUCCUCUGUGUCGAGGCGGCACUAGCUACCUGUGUGGACGUCGCUCGCGUCCAGGCACACCGACCCCUCCUACAGGUCUAAACACCAGUCUUGGGAGAGACUGAUCUGCGCUACUCGCGUCUAAAGGAUACAUAUAUAGGUCGAGAGGGCAGUGUGAGGGAGGGAGGAGAAGCACCAACACGAGAGGACGCGAGGCGGCCUAUCUUCGUUCCCUUCUCUACCAAUUAUCUCCAACCUCAACCAACUACCACUACUCCACCACCACCGCCACAACCACCACAAUACCACCACCAACCAUCACCGUCAGCAUCAACCUCUUCUGGCAACAGGAUCUGUUUGCAACACGAUCCCUUCAUCCCGGCGGCUAGCCAAUGUUGUGUAGUGAAGUUGCACGCCUGAGAGAAUCUCUGGAAACCAGAGAGAUGAAUUAUUAGAAAAUAGGAAAAAAACAUUAGAGUGAAAAUUCAAGAAAGUCGUGCACUAACAAAUCGUACAUUAAUAAGUAGAAUUACUGCUUAGUGUAAUUUUGCUACAAUAUUUUUGUGAUAUGAAAUACCGUUUUGUUUUCCGUUAGUCAGUUACGCAUCCUUUCCACACCCCUGUUGAUGUUCGAUUAGGCAGCAGAAAACAUCAUUACCGUUUAACCUAUUUAAUUUGAUUGUGAAGAAUAAUACGUAGAGAAUACGUGUUUAGAGUUUCAUACGAAGCCCGGAAUCGUUUCGGAAGCUCCUUGUUCUCAGCAGUCGCCUCUUGAUCUCUGCCCGUAAUCUCAAGUGCCCUUCACUCUCUAAUGUGAAGAGCCAUCGACGUCGGCCUGCUCUCAUUACUAAACAAAACCCAGGCAGGUCGUCCCAGAUCGGGCGCACCUUCAGUAAAAGGAAAGAGAGGGAGGAGGCAGAUUUUAAUUGCAGGCCAUCCCACAGACGAGAUUGAUAAGGCAUGAACGCAUGUGGGUCCGGGAAGGUCAGUACUGAAUGGACAAGCAUCGUUAUCAUGUCAUCUUGAAUGAUUGCAAACAUAUCUUUUAAAAUGCCUUGUAAAAAUACUUGUUUCGAAUAACGAGAUAAAACCCGGAUUUCCAUUAACUGAAAUCUACCACAGAAGUUUCGACUUUUAAGAAAGAAAAAGAAUUCACCAAAAUGUCCUUUAAAGACACGGUAAAGAAUUUCGUAGUGCCAGGGGUCAACCUGAGCCUCCAGGAGAUAUGGGACGCACUAUACGACUGCAUGAAGGAGCCUCGAGUGCAGAGGAAAAUAGUGCUGGUGAUUGUCAGCAUCGCGUUGUUGCUGGAUAACAUGUUGUAUAUGGUCAUUGUGCCCAUCAUUCCAGACUACCUGCGAAGGAUUGGUUCUUGGACGACACAUCUGGAAGGAGGGAGUAUGAUUAGGUACAAUGAGUCUAGCAUCAGGUACUAUGCCAAUGCUACGGGGAACUAUACAGUAACACCAAAGCCAAAGUAUAUUAAUCAGGUCACUGUGUACGAGGGAGAAGACACAGCUAUAGGGAUUCUCUUUGCCUCCAAAGCUCUUAUACAGCUUAUGGUAAACCCCAUAUCAGGUACCAUCAUUGAUAAGGUCGGGUACGAUAUUCCUAUGACCUUUGGGCUCAUUGUUAUGUUCUUAUCGACAGCCAUCUUCGCAUGUGGCCGCUCAUACGGUGUGCUCUUCUUCGCCAGGAGUUUACAGGGCGUUGGUUCAGCAUUUGCUGAUACGUCUGGCUUGGCUAUGAUUGCCGAUACUUACACAGAAGAAUCAGAAAGGACAAAAGCCCUUGGUAUAGCCCUUGCCUUUAUAUCAUUUGGUUGCCUGGUUGCCCCACCGUUUGGUGGCACUUUAUAUCAAUUUGCUGGGAAAGAGAUGCCAUUUUUGAUUCUAGCUUUCGUCUCGCUAUUCGAUGCGGUGGCACUGAGGUUAGUUAUGAGACCUAUAAGAGAUCAAAAGAAAGAGCUCGGCAUGGAGCACAAGAAAGGAACGCCUAUAUUUAGGCUCUUCAUGGAUCCAUACAUCCUUUGCUGUGCAGGAGCUCUCAUGAUGUCUAACGUAUCGUUAGCUUUCCUUGAGCCUACCAUCAGCGUGUGGAUGAUGGACAACAUGGAGGUGGAAGAAUGGCAGUUGGGCAUGAUCUGGCUGCCGUCAUUCUUCCCUCAUGUCGCUGGGGUCGUCUUGACUGUGAAGAUGUCAAAGAAGUAUCCGAACUACCAGUGGAUGAUGGCUGCCGGAGGCUUAGCAUUAGAAGGAAUCAGCUGCUUCUUCUUGCCGUUUGCAACAAAUUACUGGGUCGUGAUGAUGCCCAUAUGUGUCAUAUGCUUCGGCAUUGCUCUUAUAGACACGGCCCUUCUUCCUACGCUGGGAUACCUGGUGGACACCCGGUACGUCAGCGUUUAUGGCUCUAUCUAUGCUAUCGCGGACAUCUCUUACUCUCUCGCCUAUGCGUUUGGACCGAUGAUUGCUGGCAGUGUAGUGACAACCAUUGGUUUCGUGGCACUCAACAUCGGCAUCGCCCUUUCCAAUCUUUUAUACUGCCCCAUACUUUAUUCCCUCCGCCACGUGUAUGACUAUAAGCCCUUCGAAGAGGAAGGCCAAGAACAGCUGAACAUGCAAGAUCCUCCUCAAGGCGAUUUCCAGACUUACACCAUGCAGGAGGGCCAGCAAGUGCCUGGAGGAGAUAAGAAUCACCUAGAAUUUUCAAAACUCUCCAAAGGACAACAAGAAAAUUAUGGCACUUAUGAGGCUAUGGAAAUGCAAGUUACAGACUACAAUAACCAGGGAGCAAAUGGUCACGUAACUAGUGAUAACAGAACUGUGACACAAAGGCCGGUGGACAACAACCCAUUCAGGCAACAGCAGAUGCAGCAAGGAGGAACUUUCCAUUACGACCAGUAAAUACAAUAUAUUGUUGAUCUAGUAAUGUAUUUGAUAAAAAAACGAAAUAAAACCUGGAGUUAUGCACCCAUGCUUCUUAUGUGUUAUUGUAUAUAGAGGUUGAAAUGUGCAAAAUAUUCACAGUUAAGAGUCACAAAUUCAUAAAUGUAACUUUAUUGCAAUUUUGUAACAUUAUUUAUUUUUCUGUAAUGCAAUAGCAUACAUGAAGUGGUGUACGCACAGUGAGAUAUAAACUUUUAUAUUAUUUGGAAAAAUUGUUAUUACUGGUUGGUUAAUGAUACCUGUCAGAUGAACUAUAACAUGUACAGAGGGAAUGUUGUUAUGACAUUUAUGCUGCAUGAUAUAAUGAAUGCACAAUAUUCUAUGUUGGUCGAGGAUAUCUAAACUUCAGAUCAAGCGCUGGUUAGUUACUUUCCUGUUUCCAGUAUCAGUACUAGUUGAUGUAGUUAUAGUUGUACAUAGUUAGAAUCUAUUAAAGAGUUAGGGACACCAGCACCCAAGACUCUGCUAUGGGUUCCGUUAGAUUCUGUUUAGCCUACACAAUGCUUAGAGUACUUUGCAACGGUACCGCCAGUUCAUCGUGUUUAUUUAGCAAACAAGCAGAAAAUAUGUCAAUUAACCAUUUCUUGGUGGAAAAUAAAGAUUCAAUAUGAAAGAAAUAGAUGCCUUAUCGUUAAAAUAAUAUCCUAAAAUAGUGAGAGUGGCUUUGUCCAAUCCAUUGUCAUCAGAACACAAUAUACAGCCAUAGAAUCUAUCAUCAAAAUGCAAUGCCCAGUGAUGACUUAUCAUCUCCGCGCGACAGUAGUCAAUGUCAUAUUUCGUUAUGUUACGGUCACCGUAUGAUAGCUUUAAUUCGUCGUAGAGAUAGGAAGGUCCAAGAGUUUUCUGUUACAAGCCGUUUGAAUUCAAAAUCCGACCAUUCCCAUAUGACCGUUAAUCGCCAAAUGAUUCGAACAUGGCGGAGUGUUGGUGUGUGUGGCAGUCCCUAACGUUAGCCCCAUCACGAGCCGUCUGCACGCAGUUCUUAUGGUAGCCAAGCUCACGAAUCACUCUAGAAACUAGAAUCUAGAAUCUUUUUAAAUCGCCAAGUACUUCCGAAUCCUCAUUUAAAAGAAUUGAUAUGUGUGACCAUUAAAAAAAUAAUAAUAAUCAUGUAGUUCCAGCGUUCUAUUGUUCGUGUUGAUGGAUAUAUAUGUAAAUGUAUUAAAGAGUUCGAACGUGU